GGACACUGUGAAACCGCUUCCGAGGGAGCCGGUGCGGUAGCCGCAGAGAUGCGCUCGCCGGAUGAGCCCGGCCUUGCCGCCGUGGCUCCGCCCCUCUCGAUCACCAAGCGGUUCAUCAUUGCAGCCGCUUCCGCCAUCAACGACGCCGCUUGCCGAUCCGACGGCACCGUCAACCGCCGACUCGUCUCCCUCCUCGACGCCCGAUCCUCCGCCUCCGCCAAACCCGUCCACGGCAUCCGCACCGUCGACGUCCCCGUCGACACCUCCCGCGACGUUUGGUUCCGCCUCUUCAUCCCCUGUUCCGACUCCGCCGGCCUCAAGAUCCCCGUCAUCGUCUACUUCCACGGAGGCGGUUUCGCCUUCCUCUCCCCCGCCUCCUACCUCUACGACCACGUCUGUCGCCGGCUCUGCCGCACGGUCAAUGCCAUCGUCGUAUCCGUCAACUACCGCUUGGCUCCGGAGCACCGACACCCCGCGCCGUACGAGGACGGGGUCGACGUGCUCCGCUUCCUGGAUCGCGUCGGCCUGCUGUACGCUGACCCUUUAGCGGCCGAUCUCGCCGACCUGUCCAGAUGCUUCUUGGUCGGCGACUCCGCCGGCGCGAACAUCUGCCACCACGUGGCCCGGCGCUGGGCUGCAGGAGCCGGCAGCGGGUGGAAGAGGCUGCGGCUCGCGGGCAUGGUGCUCAUCCAGCCGUACUUCGGCGGUGAGCAGCGAACAGAGGCGGAGGUGCGGCUGGCCGGGGCGCCGCUGGUGACAGUUGAGCGAACGGACUGGCUGUGGCGGGCGUUCCUGCCGGAGGGGGCGGACAGGGACCACGAGGCAUCGAACGUGUUCGGGCCGCGGGUGACGGGGGAGCUGGAGGAGGCCCUGCCGGCGGCGUUGGUGGUCGUGGGGGGGUUCGACCCGCUGCAGGACUGGCAGCGGAGGUACUACGAGGGGCUGAAAGCGAGGGGGAAGGAAGCGCGGCUGGUAGAGUACCCGGAGGCCUUCCACGCCUUCUUCGCCUUCCCCGACCUGAAGCAGUCAGCGGUGCUCAUGGAGGAUGUCAGAAGCUUCAUCGAGGGCCAUCGACCAUCGAAGGAAAACACCGGCGGAUGUUAGAUAACCGGCAGUGGCAUAUAUACAUGUGACAAAGGUAUGUUGUUAUUAGGGAAGGCGCUGUGAUGACCCCAUCAGAAUACAAAGCUUUGAUCGUAAGUGUUUAUGCAUUGUACCCUUUAUCAAAGAUUGGCAUUUAGCGUGUGUUGCC